UACAUAAUCCUGUAUUUAAUUUGUUUUGCAGCUGGAAACGCUCGACUUAUUUCUCUUUGGGGAGAAAAGGAAGGUAGGCCAUACAUGCAGGCCGCGUCGUUUGCGUUUGCAUUUGGUGGAGUGAUCUCCCCCUUAUUGACAGCACCAUUCCUUGCACCUAAACCGGAAGAGAUAUCAACCAACUCCUCGUCAAUAGGUUUUACAGCCGGGACGACCCUACCUUCUACUCUUGUGCUGAAUACUGCGCUAUUAGAGUAUAACAUCACCAAUGAUAACUCAACUCUAGAAAACAAUAUCACCACCAUUGCUGAACCUAUUGAAACUAAAUUAAUCUAUGCUUAUAUAAUAUCUGGUAUUGUAACCUUACUAUCCGCCAUUCCUUUCAUGGUGAUAUAUUGUCGUUACAAGUCACAGAAGAUGAAAAGGAAUCAGCCAAAGAAGCAGGAUGAAGACGGACUACCAAGAGAUCUUCCUUGGAAAUUUUGUAUAAUGGCCGUUGUCCUUUUAAAUCUGUUCUAUUUAACGUAUUGUGCUGUAGAGGACACAUUUACAGCUUACUUAAUGACUUUUGUGGUAAUGCAACUGAACUGGAGUAAGGCAAAGGGAACGCAGGUCAAUGCCGUAUUUUGGGCCUCUUUUGCUGUAGGGCGAUUUUCAGGAAUUGGUGUCAUACGUUGUUUUCGACCGGCUGUAUUAAUAUUUGUAUUCCUAGCAAGUUUAAUUUUAAGCUUGACUGGCUUUUUACUCUGUUCGCAUUAUCAAAUACACGUAGGAAUUUGGAUUUUUGCCAUUUGUAUCGGGCUUUCAAUGUCUGUUAUAUAUCCAACCGGGUUUACCUGGGCACAAGAAAACCUCCUCAACGUAAAUGGUAAAGUAACAUCUAUUAUAUUAAUAGGUGCGUCAACCGGCACCAUGAUCAAUCCUAUUAUUAUGGGGCAUUUGAUGGAAGAUUUAACUCCCAUAUGGUACUGUUAUCUAUUAGUCGGUGAGAGUAUUUUAUGUCUUGCAAUAUUUGUCAUGUACAACGACUGUAUUCUUACUGAAACAGAUGUACAACGGCUGUAUUCUUACUGA